AUGCAACGCAUUUGCUUAGUGUUGCUCAGUCUGAGCGCAGUCGCCAUGGCCGGCUUCCUGGGCGGCGGCGGCGGCAGUGGCUGGAGCUCCGGUGGAGGUGGCGGUAGUCGCGGCUGGAGUUCAGGUGGCGGCGGCGGUGGUUGGAAUGCUGGAGGCGGUGGUGGUUGGAGUGGUGGUGGCGGUGGCAUCUCCUUAUGGCCCGGCAAGUCUUCUUACAGCGGCGGUGGAGGCGGCAGUGGUUGGCGUUCUUCAGGCGGCUGGUCCGGCGGCGGCGGUGGUGGUUGGCCGAGUAAGACCAGCUACAGCAGCGGUUGGUCGAGUGGUGGUGGCGGCGGUGCCGGCUGGGCUCAAGCUCUUUCCGGUUGGAAAUCUGGACUCGGGGGUGGCGGCGGCAGCGGCUGGAAGUCAGGUGGUGGCGGCGGUGGUUGGAAGUCCGGCGGCGGUGGUGGUUGGUCCCUAGGCGGUGGAGGCAGCAGUGGUGGUGUUUGGAAGAGCAGUGGCGGUAGCGGUGGUUAUGGCGGCGGUUGGCCAUCAGGCGGUAGCAGUGGUUGGUCAUCGGGCGGUGGUGGCGGCGGUUGGAAGUGGUAA